AUGGCACAAUAUAGCAUCUAUGAUAUUAUCGCUUUGCUCGUCAGUAUAAUGCUUCCUCCAUUAGGAGUGGUAAUGAAACGAGGGUUUGAGUCGGAUUUUUGGAUUAAUAUUAUUUUAACAUUGUUAGGAUGGCUUCCAGGAUUAUUCCAUGCAUUUUAUGUAAUUCAUAAAUACAGAGAUGAAUCAAAUUCAGGCGAAGUUCAUCCAUUUGGAGGAACGCGUCCAGAGACAGUAAAGAUUCAUUCAACAACCCCGCCACCAUCAAAACAACCAUAUCAACCACAUAAUCAACCAUAUCAUCAACCACAACAUCAACCACAACAUCAAUCACAAUAUAAGCAACAAUAUCAACCACAAUAUCAACAACAUUCAUAUUCAACAGAUAAAGGUUCCGUUGUCAAAGAUGCUCAAGCUGAACCUUCUAAUGAGGAUGUAAGCCAAGCAUACCCUCCUACUUAUGGUAAUCAUGGAAAAGACGAAAAAUUAGAGGGGCAAUCCAAUGCUUAUUAUACAGAUUAUUCGAAUGAUAAGAAAAGGCAUAAAUAA